CCUCAUCAUCCUCAUCAUCGACUACUUGUAUUAUUACGAUUCUUCUCUACACAGUGAAUCGGAGAGCAGUGAAUUGGAGAGCUAACUCUUGCCGAGAGCUGUUCUUUAUCAAAACCUCUUAUUUAUCUUUCCAAUACAACUCAACCUCAUCAAACACAUCAACGAUUUACCUCGAUAAUAUCACAACACCACAACACCCCACCAUCUGAUAAGCCGGCCUCGCCAACGUCGCCAUUUACCACCAUAAUUUCUAUGUUACACCGAUAUUUACUUAUCACCAGCAGCUUUGUGUCUUUUCUUUCUUAAUCACCAUCUCAUCUCGUUCUCCAGAAUGGCGACAGAUACUUCAGGUCAAUCAGGAAGCAGCGAUAUCAGCAUUUACAAGGGUCUCGUUUCAUAUCCAUGGGAUACCGAUAAAGAGUUCCAGGGCGGUCUAUCAGCUAUAUUAGGCAAUGCAUCUUCACCUGAUCAAAUUCGAGAAUUGACACUUCGGGCUCAGUGUUUCUAUCUCUCUCGUAAGAAGAAGAUUGACAUCAAUUUUGAUGGAUAUAAGGCAUAUCUGGCAACUCACCCAUCCACAUCUUCUUCUACUGAUGCCCCUGCGCCUGAUAGCGCCAGUUCAGCAAAUGAUACUUCAUCUUCCAACACUCCAAAUCUCGAUCAUGAAAAUGACCUACCACCUGCUACCACUACAGCUGAUGAAAAGGCCCCGCCACCAUAUCCUCCAUCCUUUGCUGAAAUCGUCGCUUUAAUCACAGCUGGUGCCACAAUCCCGGGAAUCCGCGAUAUUCCCGAUACAGUUCUGACGGAUCAGGGUACCAAGCCGGUUGCACGAAAGCGUCGCAAGCCAUGGGAGAAAGACGUUGACGAGGAAGCGAUUCAGGGUGGGGGAACUUUUGGCGACCACCGAGAUACCAUCAUACAGCAAGAAUACCCAACUGAUGUAUGAAGGUAUCCAUUUGCAUUGUGGUCACGUUUUCUCACCAAUACUUUACAUUUUCCGAAAUUAUGGGAACGGCAAUAUCCAAGGACCAAUUAAUUUGUGGAAGCAGCCAGGCAUUGAGCUUCUUCUGGUUCAUAUGACAAAGGACCGUGGACAUCAGAUGGACUUAUCAAGCUAGAAGCUCGCAAGCUGAUAUAUUUUCAUGUUGUUCAAAUGAAAGCUGUUGUACUUGUGAUUUUUUCUAUGGAUUUCUACAAUGCACGCGGGUUUUUUUCUAAAAUCGCUGCUCAUGUUACUUUCCGAGCUUGAAAGAAUUGUCAGAUCUCUCCAAGUCAACCCCUUUCUGCGUUCUAGUGAACCUUGUGUUGCCAGUCGGAUCUAUCGAGUGCGGUAUGUUUAGUAGCGCCAAAACUUCGCGCAACCAUGGUAUUGGGCGGGACUUUAUAAGAAUCUGAAUAUUCAUAAGGAGCCCAGGAUUAGAACACAGCAUUGAGUCGAGGUUCAUUUUAUAACUUUAUGGGGCUGGACAUACGAUUGUAGACCAAUCUUUGUCCUUCAAUUUAUAAUCGAAUCACUCUAAGGAACCACCUAAAAUUAAUCUUUCAAUUAAGAGUUCUGGAACCUACUUACCGCACAUGUAACGCUUUUCCGGCUAAAAUAUGAGAUUAUUCAACUUUUCAUACCCUAGUUUAUUUAUUAUAAUAAAAGAUAAAAUCAGA